AUGAGUCAGACCACAACAACUUCAACUUCACCACCAUCAGAUGACUUCAUCGAAAUAAUCAAUUUAUUGGUUAAAGAACAACCAGACAAAAAGAGUAAUGCAAAGCAAAGAUUCAUUGAUCUUUGUAUCAAUCAAUGUUAUGAAACAUUAUUAUGGUUAACAUAUCUCGUCAAGAACACUGAUUCACUUGAUGUUCAAAACCAAUCAAUUAAAUUAAUUGGUAAAUUAGCAGAUAAAUCAUUAAAGUUGCCAAAUAUUAAUUCGGAACAUGGUAAUACAUUGUUGGAAAUAUUCAAUCUACUUGAUGAUGAAGAGUAUCACCAUCGUCUAUCUGAUAACUCAAGAGAUGCAAUCAUAUCAACUUUGACCAGUCUUCUCGGUGGCUAUGGAACAGCUAGUUGGGGUGAAUUUAGAACCAGAUUAUUACAAUCAACCAAUGGUGCAAGAAAAUCAUUUAGAGAUAACUCUUUAAAAUUAAUAGAGAGUGCUACAUUGAUUGAUUAUUUCAUAUUGGAUAUUUCCUGUUUUGGUAAGGUCAUUAGAAGUUAUUUCCUUGGAGAAGAGGAUGCUGAAACACAACAAAGAGCAAUCAAUCUCGUCAACCUUGUUUUAGAGACAAAGAAACAAAAGCAACAAACAACAUUCAAAGAUUUGGUAGAUAGAGAAUACUGUAUUUGUAUCCUUGCCAUCUUGUCACCAGCCGAUAAAAAGUAUACCGCCGCCAGAAACUAUUCAAAUGAUAUUGUAUUGAACCAAUUGUACGAUGCUUUAGAAUCACUCCUUUCCUCUGACAAUGAAAUGUUUAUUAGAAAUUCAUUAAAUUAUAUUACCAAUAUUAUUGAUAAGGUUGAUCCAUCUAAACUUUUAAAUUUUGGAUCAAAAAUAUUUACUAUUUUGUUGGAUAGAUUUAUUUCAUUUAAAGAAUCAAAGGAAGAGUUGAAUGAUAUGGCAGCAUUUGCACUUUUCAUGCAAUUUGGAUCAUUGUUGGGUAGAAAUCAUUUCAACAAGUACUUUACUACAUUUAUGGAAGAUCAUUUUAAUAAUACUUUGAAUGAGAGAAAUACAUGGGCUCAAGUACUCGUCCAAAUAUUCACAUUCUACGGAGACUAUGUUGCAAUGAGUAUUCCAACCUUGAUGAAACCAGUUGUUGAAUGGUCACAAGAAAACCAAUUGACACCCGACACGGCCAAGACAACCUAUUUGACAAGAAUCGUAGCACUCCUUCCCGACACUGCUGUCAUGUACCCCUACUUGCAGUCUGUCAUCGAUCCAGUAUACAAGGUGGCUGCUACCAAGCCAUCCAUCGCAUCAAUUACCAUUUUGGUCAAGAUUGUAAAGAUAUCUAUCGACAAGGAAGGUGUAACCAAAAACACUCAAGACCUAUUCCACCAAGGUGUCAAAUCAUCAUUUGAGUUGAUCGGUACUCUCUUUCCACAACACAAGUCUCUUUUGUUGGAUGUCAUCCAUCAGUUGGUAAGCGUCAUGCAAGGAUUGGUUUGGGAUACCGACCAAGUACAAGAGACUAUCAAGUAUUGUCUUGAACUCGACCAAUCGAUCUACCAAGAAUACAAGACCGACUCGAAAAGAGAGGUUGCUCUCACUGCACAAGUCUACAAGGAAAAUGGGGUACAAUGGUUAUUCAAAUUGUUGAAUCGUCUCCAUGACAUUAUCAACAUUGUCGCUGUCAGCAAUGACAACUCUACCAAAACACAAUUGGUUGAAAAGACACUAUCCGAUGUAAAAGAAAGAAUCCAAGACGCUUUGGAUUUCAAGUCUGAAGGUCAUCACUUUUACCUUCAACUAGUACUCCACAAAUUAGAGUUAUUGUCCAAUCUCAAGACCAACAAUGAUCAUGUCUAUGAACUAAACCAACAAGUGAUCCCACUAUUUUUCCUUCAUUUCCCAAGUAACGAGUUGGGUGCUGGUAUUGGUAGUGGUAGUCCAAACAUUGCCUUGGAUCAAGAGGCAUAUGCUGCCUAUUCAUUCUGGAGAAUUGUCCUCCAAACUUGGAGCUCAGCCAGAGCAGACGACAGUGGAGAUGCCAAACAACAACUCUACCAAAUCAUCAACCAAAACCAAUCUUCACAACCAUUGACCAAUGAAAUCGUUGAAUUACUUUAUUUCACUUUACGACAUACCGAAACAUUAUCAACUUUUAAAUCGGAUAUUGAAACUAAUUGUCCAACUCUAUUUAAAUUUAACAAAACUACUAAAAUUAAUAAUUUAUAUAAACUUUAA